AUGGGAAAGCAUCAUCUCAUGAUCGGCACGUGGGUAAAGCCUGGGGUCAUCAUCACGGUUGCGUUCGACGACGAGAAGUUGACAUUGGAGCUGGUCAAGAAGACGGAUAUUCCACAAGAUGAGCCGAUUAGUUGGAUGGCUUUCGACCAUCAAAGGAAAAACAUCUACGGCGCAAGCAUGAAGAAAUGGAGCAGCCACAGGGUCGACAGCCCGAGCGAUAUUGUGCACACAGGCAGUUUCGAGAUCGGCGGACACCCGAAGGCGAAGGAAGCAGACACGAAAACGCGUGCUAUCUUCCUCCUCCCGGCGCGGAAGCCGCCGUACAAUGUCUACUGCAACCCAUUCUACGAUUACGCCGGCUAUGGCAACAUAUUCAAUAUAAACAGCGACGGCUCGCUGAAGGAGAACAUACAAGACUAUGAAUAUUGCGACAAAUCCGCGAUCCACGGCAUGGUUUUCGAUCCCACCGAAACAUACCUGUACAGCGCCGACAUGUGGGCAAAUCGUGUAUGGUGUCACAAGAAGAUCGACGACCAAGGAAGACUUGAGACGGUUGGGUUUACCGAAGCGGAGGGCAAGAAGGACCACCCGAGAUGGGUUGAGAUGCAUCCCUCUGGGCGCUAUCUGUACGCCUUGAUGGAAGCAGGAAAUAGGGUCUGCGAAUACGUUAUUGAUCCGCAAACACACCUGCCUGUUUACACGCACAGAUGGUUUCCGUUGAUACCACCUGGAAUUCCCAACCCGCACAUGUACCGCUCCGACGUCGUAUUCCUUACGCAGUCCUCGAACUACCUCUUCGCCACAUCACGAGCAAAUUCCUUUGAUCUUACAGGCUACAUCGCCGCUUUCAAGAUCUCAGACUCUGGCUCUAUUGAGCGACAGAUUUGCCUAAAUCCCACACCGACGAGCGGAGGACACAGCAAUGCUGCCAGCCCCUGUCCUUGGAGUGAUGAAUGGCUAGCUUUGACAGACGAUGAGAAGGGCGGGAUUGAGAUUUACAGAUGGCAUAAGGAGUUCCUCGCCCGGGUUGCGAGGCUGGAGGUAGGAGAGAAAGGGUUUGGUAUGAACGCUAUAUGGUACGACUGA